AUGGACGGGGCGUACGGAAUGAGAACCGUUUUGAAUUCCACCCGACUUGAGGAAGAGCCAAAAUAUUCCCUGAACCCAGCGGACCUCUCUCACAACAGCAUGAACGCAAACUACAUGAUGAAUGGAGCAGUGUUAACCAAUGGAUACAACACUAGUGACUAUGUCAUUAAUAGAGAAAGUUACCCAUCUGAAAUGAUGCCACAAUUUAAAAUAGAUCAGGGAGGAAACACAUACAACAACACAAUGCCAAUGAAUAGUAUUAUACAUACAGAUCCAAAUGAAUCCAUGAGUAUGCAAGGAAUGAAGACAUGCUUGGAAGGACCCACCGGAUUUGAUAGUUAUAGAAACUUAAUGAAUUAUAACAACACACAGAAUACAAUUCAAGCUAGCCAAGUUCCAUUCAAUAUGGAUGAUUAUAAUUCUGGGGGAGAUAUCAUGUACAUGAAUCAUCCAAGCACAGGUGAUAAUUUUCCCCCUGAUUACCUGAACAACUUACGAACGAUAGAUACGGAUCCUAUGACUUAUGCGAAUAACUUCAACAUACCUAAUGGAAAUUUCAACACCAUGUUGAGUGAAAAUAAUAAUUAUAAUAGCUUACCUUACUCUAUGCCGAUCUUUGAAAAUAUGAAUAACCCUCAGAUGUACAUGCAGCAGAUGAAUGCGAAACAGGCUGUGACUGGACAGAUGCCUAAAAUGGACCAUAC